GUAGAAGUGUUACUUGGUAUAGUGUAUGUUGUUAUAUCUUAGAAAAAUUGGUAUCAAUUUAGUUUUUUUUAUGUUAAGAUUUUAUUUCAAAUCAACAUGUUUUGAAUGCAAACAACGAACUUUGACAUUUUCUUUAAAGGCAAGGUAACACAAGCCGAACAAGCCUACACAUUAUUCAUCAAUAUUCAUUAUAAAAUGAUCCAACUUGUUUUUUCUAGAAGCCAAUUUUUCAAAUCGGUCUCCAAAUUCCUUAAAAUCUAUGAUCUUGAAUUUACAUAUAUUUUCGUAUUUUCCGAAAUAUCAGCAGGUAAUGCAAUAUUGUAAAUCUACGUAUAGUGCUCUAAACAAAUUUUACUGAUUUGUUUAUAAUUCCUUUUACGGGCAAUUUUAAAAACUGAUAUUGUCUUUUUUAAACAUAUUUAAUCUGUUACCUGUUUUUGGUUCAUCCUAACAUGGCUUCUGCUCUUACAAACCUGUUCUUAAUUCUAUUUCCCCUUUCCAGUCUUUUGCAUCGAAUGUUCUUCAACAUCGCUCAUUAUCAAUGAUCUCUCUUCUCUUUUGAACUCUUUAUAACCUUAUCGUGGAUUGGGUUGCGCAUACGUUAAACCUACUUGUGGCCAAUUUCCAUUGUGUUCUCAAUUUUAACACAAUAUUCUUUCAAUCAGAUAAUAUCUUCAAAGAAAAGAUAAAAAAAAGGAAAAAUAAUGUACCAAACUUGCGGGAAAAGGCAAGAAAAGUAAACACGGAAACGAGCACCUGCAUUCAUGGCAAAGCACGAAAAGAUCAUGGACUAAUCCCGGUUGACACAUUCUCCGCCACGGAACCUGUUUCGAACGAAAAUGACAGCCCGACUGUUGCGGCUAUUCCAAUUCACUUUUAUCUUUACCCUCCGGCCGGUCCGCUGUUGCGCUUUAUCUCCGAUGCUAGAUCGCUCACCGAGCGGCCAAACUAACGCCCGGGCGAUGGAGAGAGUCAAUAUUUGGGGUGCUAAUAUGCUGAGAAUCGCCGAAAAGGCCACUCGUUUACGAGGAAGUAGUAACACUAAUUAACACCUGCUAUGCGCUGCACCAUGUAACGGGGAGAGAGGGUGUCACAGUAACAGGAAUGUAAACCCGUCAGUAUGGCACAAUCGUUCAUCGACUGUCAACCUUCUCCAAAGGGUGGAUUAGUUUACGACCGAUCGUCCCUUGAGCUCUUGAUUGAUUCAGGUCAUUGCAUCAUAGUGUGUGUUUGUGUAUGUAUGUGUGUGUGUGUUUUUGUUUUAACUCCAAACACUCGGUGAUUCACAAAAUUUCACAAUCCUACUACGGCUGUGUUGAUUUGUUCAUUCACCUGUCGCUUUCCCUACGAGUUAAAAAGAUUAAUAGAUGUUGUGGCAGGUUUUUUGUCCGAAGGCACCGAAAUCGCCCUCGAAAUGCCUUAGUUUUGCAAACACGCACUAAAGCCGCCGGCUUAGUAUAGCCGUACUGCUAACCGUGAUCUUCCGGUGGGUAAACCUUGAGCAAACCGUUGGCAGGAAUGGUCAGCAACGAAGCGAACACGCUGCGCAGUUUUCGCCAAGCGAAUUGCACGCCCUCUACCGGCGACUAGCCGUAGCUGUAUCAAGCGAGUUAUCUUGAUACUAUAGCCCCCCAAGAGCGUUUAAGGUCGAAUGGAUCGUUUUAGUUGCUGAGAUAAAGAUAACGAGAGAGGGAGAGAGAGAAAGAGCGAAAGAAAGAGAGAGAGAGAAAUCUAAAACACAAUUCACCUUUCCCCUUUUCAAAAAUAGAGCAAACCGUGGGCAAGGGUGACACUGAAUCAGUCAUUUUAAACUUGCUUUUGUUUUCCAUCGCAGUUUUCGGAUGCCUUUCAGAGUUCAAACCACAAACCACAAACAAGAUCAGUGCGAGAUGAAAAUGCACCCAUGUAGCUUUGAGGUCCGCACUGCAAGCGAAGAGCAGUAUUUAGACAGAGCUUUGUCACGAAACACGUUCGACGUCGGUCGCACGUAACGCACAGCUCAAAGGUCUCCCGGUCUUUGUUUCCAGCGUAGGUCGCCCCGGCCGGGGAAGAUUAAUCAAAUUCAAAGCAUGCCUAAGCAAAGCAAAACAUCAUGUAAUGGAAGCUUCCUUAUGACGGAUGCUACCGUAAUGGGCUAUAAAAACGGAAUGGGCACGGUCCGGGCCACCCCGACGAUGACACACACCGUGGUGAAGCGGUGAUGCCAAUUACAUAUCGAUCAACCGCCUGGGUCUGGGUGGGUGCAAAAACAGCGCCUUGCUGUUUUUCAAACACAAUUGACUCGCGUCAUCCUCGGGCUGAUAAUUAAACAGCGCCACUAUGUUGCAAUCCUGAAACAACGCACGAAUUUGCAAAAAAAAGAAGAGAUGGACCAAUUAAGCAUUCGCACAUCCUAACUGUGGAAUGAUCGCGGUUUGAACUGCUCCAACCGUUACGGUCCGAUAAUUCAAUCGGAAAUGAGCCAAAGUGUCUUGCACAAGACGGCGCGGCAAGAUCUUGACCUAUGGCAAACGGUAGAUUUGAGAGGGCUAUCCGCCAAAUCCGCCACUCUCUCUUGAGCUAUCCGCUCAAUCUUCUACGGUACCUCUCUUCUUCCCUACUUCCGAUUGGUAUCGAUAUCUAUCUCUAUGCUUUCGGGGAGGGGAGGUGGUGUUUAAACUUACUAGGUCGUUUAGACUAGGUCGUUACUAAUGGCGAAUUUUGGAAAGGAUUUUCCUCUCCGCAACAGUUUUAUCGCUCUACCUUCAUGCCAAAAUGGUCAUUAGCGUUACUGAUGGAUCAAAACUGUGCCAGAAAACAGUUUUUUUACGCAUUUCAAAUUCGCAAACUUCAAAUUUUGUUUCUUUCUAUCAACUUUUGACAAUUUUUUUCUCCUGGCUGCCUUAGGCUACGAAAAAUUCUAAACAAAUAAUUAAACAUUUUUGGAAAAAAGCUAAAAGGACCCUACGACCAAGGCAUAGAAAAUGGCACAAGCAAUAUCUGGUCAAGGCUACUAAACAAGUAGAUAGAAGAUCUGAUGAGACUAAGUUCCACUCUAAACCUCAAUGUGUCUUAACUUCCAAAAAGCUUCCGAGGAAAAGUUCCAAAAUGCACAACCUUGCAUCCAUGCUGUCGUACACCGAUUUGAAUGGUUCCACUCGCACUUUAAAAGGGCAGCCGCAGCCUACGAGGUGCGGGAGAACGUCCUGCAGAAAGGAAAAAGAGCAAACACAAAGACCCGAACUGUUCACGAAACGGAUCGAGCCACCACACCGCCGCCUGCUUCGAUCGACGAGCGUUCGUUGACCAUACGCACCGCGCCUCUACAAGGCAGUGCGGCGAGUCGGCUAACCACCACUUAGCUGUACCCCGCACAUGCGCGCGCGCGCACAUGCGUCACAAAUUGACGCGUCGGUUACUGUUCGGUCGGCGGUGCGUCGAGUACGGUUCACGCCGGAAGGCUUCAGUUGAGCGCAAGACGCCAACAGCAGCGCACCGGCCUGUCUAGUGGUUAAGGAACGAACUUGUGUGGUUUUGGUCGAAAAGCCAUUCCCUACCAAAGUGCAACGAUGGAAACGCUACUAGAGCUAGCGGCUAACGUGACGCUGCUCCCGGUGGAGGAGUUUGCCGGACCGCAAGUUAGUUGGUUCGAGCGAAAGUGGAACGGUUUUUUGGACGUAAUCGGUGACGAUGUCGAUACGCUCUACAUGUGGUUCCUGACCGCGUACACGUACGGGUUCUUCUGGCUCGUCGGCGGGCUGUUCGUGCUGAUGGACGUGACCAACAAACCGUCGUUCUUGCGCAAGUUCAAAAAUCAACCCGGCGCUAACGAACCGCUCCCGUGGGCCAAGCUUAAAAAUCUGGUCAAAACGGUCGCCUAUAACCAGCUGGUGUACGGGUUGCCGACGUCCUACCUGUCCUUCCGGGUGGGCAAGCUGAUUGCCGCCAGCAUUCCCGAUCCGCGCAUCCUACCAUCGCCGUACAUCAUUGUACGGGACGUGAUGGUGUGCAUUGUGGCGUGGGAAAUCACCUUCUACUACAGCCACCGGCUGCUGCACUCCAGCUUCUUCUACAAGCGCAUCCACAAGAAGCACCACGAGUGGUCGGCCCCGGUUGCCUGGGCGGCCAUGUACGCCCAUCCGUUCGAGUUCAUCAUCAGCGAUCUGCUGCCGGUGUAUGUGGGGCCCGCCCUCAUGACCAGCCACGUGUUCACGAUCGUCAUCUGGUUCACGUUCGUCAUGAUGGACACGCUGGUGGACCAUUCCGGGUAUCAUCUGCCGGUGCUCGGCAGCUCCGAAAUGCACGAUUACCACCAUCUCAAGUUCAACCAGUGCUACGGUUUGUUCGGCUGGUGGGACGGACUGCACGGCACGGACAGUGAGUUCCGCAAGAAGAAGCAGUACCAGCGGCACCAUCGCAUCUUCAGCCUCAAAUCGGCCCGCGAGCUCGUCCCGGAUAAUGUCGAGGGCAACAGAUAUUUAGUACAAAACUAUUCCUUGAUUCCCUUCGAUGACUUUUAUUCAGCAGUAUUACUAUUUGACUAUUGGACAGUGUACAAAAUGAACAUAACGCUAACGGAGGUGAAUUUUACCGUAGAAACUCGGUUUGAAGAAUUUACAACGCCUGAACUCGGCGGCGUGACUGAUGGAUUUAUCGAACGUAAAUGGAAUGCAUUGCUAGAUGUUAUCGGGGAUAAUCCCGACAACCUGUACGUCUGGUACUCGAUGCUGUACUCGUACGGUCUGUUCUGGCUGCUCGGUGGACUGUUUGUGCUGAUGGACCUGACGAAUCGGCCGUACUGCAUGCGCAAGUACAAAACGCAACCCGGCACGAACGAGCCGCUCAGCUGGGCACGGUGCAAACAGCUCGUCCGCACCGUCGCCUACAACCAGCUAGUGUACGGUGUCCCGAUGACCUACUGUUCCUAUCACGCCCGCAAGCUCAUCUCCGACGAGGUGCCGAACGUACGGAUCCUGCCGACGCUGGACGUUAUCCUGCGCGACAUGCUGGUGUGCAUCGUUGCCUGGGAGGUGGCCUUCUACUACACGCACCGGCUGCUGCACACCAGCUUCUUCUACAAGCGCAUCCACAAGCAGCACCACGAGUGGCCGGCCCCGGUUGCCUGGUCCGCUAUGUACGCCCAUCCGUUGGAGUUCAUCAUCAGCGACCUGUUCCCGGUGUACCUCGGGCCGGCCCUUAUGAAGUGUCACAUAUUUACGCUCACGCUCUGGCUGACGUUCGUGAUGUGGGACACGCUCGGCGACCAUUCCGGCUACCAUCUGCCAUUUCUGGGCAGCUCGGAAUCGCACGACUACCAUCAUAUGACCUUCAACCAAUGCUAUGGCAACUACGGCUGGUGCGAUCGGCUGCACGGUACGAAUGACGAGUUUCGGAAGAAAAAACAAUACCAAAGGCACUAUCGAAUUUUUAGUCUCAAAUCUGCCCGGGAGCUAGUCCCGGCUAAAUAA